AUGGUCAAACAGAGUAUUAUUUUGCUUGUGGAGCAUGCGGCUUCUAGAGCUUCAAGAGUUAUUCCUCCUGUGAAAUUAGCAUACAAAAAUAUGCUUAAGGACCCCUCUUCCAAGUACAAGCCAUUCAACGCUCCAAAGCUAUCUCAUAGAAAAUGGCCGGAUAACCAAAUCACGAAAGCCCCUCGUUGGUUAUCGACGGAUCUGAGAGAUGGUAACCAAUCUUUACCAGACCCUAUGUCAGUGGAGCAGAAGAAAGAAUACUUUCACAAGCUGAUCAAUAUCGGAUUCAAAGAAAUUGAGGUUUCCUUCCCUUCGGCAUCUCAGACAGAUUUCGACUUCACCAGAUAUGCUGUAGAAAACGCUCCAGACGAUGUUAGUAUCCAAUGUCUGGUCCAAUCGAGAGAGCACUUGAUCAAGAGAACCGUGGAAGCAUUAGCUGGUGCCAAGAGAGCUACUAUACAUACCUACUUGGCAACUAGUGAUAUGUUCCGUGAAAUUGUCUUUAAUAUGUCUAGAGAGGAAGCUAUUUCCAAAGCCGUGGAGGCCACCAAAUUGGUUAGAAAACUAACCAAAGAUGACCCUUCACAACAAGCUACUCGUUGGUCCUAUGAAUUUUCACCCGAAUGUUUCAGUGACACACCAGGUGAAUUUGCCGUGGAAAUUUGCGAAGCCGUUAAAAACGCUUGGGAACCUACUGAGGAAAAUCCAAUCAUUUUUAAUCUACCAGCUACUGUAGAAGUUGCUUCUCCAAACGUGUACGCUGACCAAAUUGAGUAUUUUUCCACCCACAUCACAGAACGUGAGAAGGUUUGUAUCUCCACACAUUGCCACAAUGAUCGUGGUUGCGGUGUUGCUGCCACCGAGUUAGGUAUGCUUGCUGGUGCCGAUCGUGUGGAAGGUUGUCUUUUCGGUAAUGGUGAACGUACAGGUAAUGUUGAUUUGGUCACUGUCGCUAUGAAUAUGUACACUCAUGGUGUCCCUCCUAACUUAGAUUUCUCCGAUUUAACCUCUGUCCUAGAUGUAGUUGAACGUUGUAACAAGAUUCCAGUAUCUCAAAGAGCCCCAUACGGUGGUGACCUGGUUGUUUGUGCCUUCUCCGGUUCUCAUCAAGACGCCAUUAAGAAGGGUUUUAACUUGCAAAACAAGAAGCGUGCUCAAGGUGAAACUCAAUGGAGAAUUCCAUAUUUGCCAUUGGAUCCAAAGGAUAUUGGUCGUGACUACGAAGCUGUUAUCAGAGUAAACUCUCAGUCCGGUAAAGGUGGUGCUGCUUGGGUUAUUUUGAGAUCUCUAGGUUUAGACCUUCCAAGAAACAUGCAGAUUGAAUUUUCUAGCGCUGUUCAAGACCAUGCUGACUCCUUGGGUAGAGAACUAAAAUCAGACGAAAUCUCCAAGUUGUUUAAGGAAGCUUACAACUACAAUGAUGAACAAUACCAAGCUAUAAGUUUAGUGAAUUUCAAUGUGGAGAAAUUCGGCACUGAACGUAGAGUAUUCACUGGUCAAGUUAAAGUGGGUGACGAAAUCGUCGAUAUUGAAGGUACAGGUAACGGUCCAAUCUCCUCUUUGAUCGAUGCCCUAUCCAACUUUUUGAACGUAAGAUUUGCUGUGGCAAACUACACAGAACAUUCCUUAGGUUCUGGUUCUUCUACUCAAGCUGCUUCUUACAUCCAUCUAUCGUACAGACGUAAUGCAGACAAUGAAAAAGCCUAUAAGUGGGGUGUAGGUGUCUCCGAAGAUGUCGGUGACUCUUCUGUGAGAGCUAUCUUUGCCACUAUCAAUAACAUUAUCCAUUCCGGUGAUGUAUCGAUUCCAUCUUCGGCUAACUCUGAAGGCAAGAGUGCUGCGGCAUCUGGCUCAGCAUAA